UUCAGUUUCGUGUUGGCUGCCGAGCCGGCUGUCUGAGAAUUCUCUUCUGGUCCAUGGAUGCCACACUGCCUGUGCCGUCCUGCUCGCCCGGCUGGAUUCCUCUGUUCCCGUUUGUCAGGGCCUGCAACCGUCGACCUUGCCGUCGCCACCGCGGGCCCGUCUACUCAGGCGCAUGCAUUGCAUUGCCACGGGGCGGCCUCGAGCCCGCGACACGAGACGAUGGUGUUUUUAACCGGCAGGCGCCCGAGGGACUCCCUGCUGCCGUGUCUAUCGUUGCGAGCCGUGGCCGAGUAUGGGCGGCGAUUUGCCACGCGGGCGGGUGGUGCGAGGGAUGUGAGUGA